CCAAGCCUCACAGCUGUUUGACGGGGCUUCCGGGGCCAAAGGCUGAAGAAACAUUGACCUGAGCAGCGCAUCACUGCCAAUUCGUCGCGAACCGCUGAAAUAACCAGCCGCGUACGCCCCAAGAGCAUGUCCUCCUCAGGAGAGGAGGACGAGCCCACGUGUCGCAUCUGCUUCGGCGGCGCCGAAGACGGCGAACUCAUCGAGCCCUGCAAGUGCGCCGGGUCCAUGGCAUUGAUCCACCGCUCGUGCCUCGACGCCGUGCGCGUGAGCGGCUUCGACCCGUCUUCGCUGGUCAAGUGCGGGCUCUGCAAGGAGAAUUACGUCCUGGAGGGCACGGGCGGCGGGCCGCGGCAGGAACUAAUGUACACGGUCGGCCGCUACUUGGGGCUGCGGUUCCUGGCGCUCUUCGCGGCGGCCGGCGUGUUGGGAUUCACGCCGCGGCUCGUCCCCGGCGCCGCGCAAGAGCUCCAGGUCGCGCGGAACCCGGUGGUGAACCACUUCAGUGUCGGCGGCGUGGCGACGCUGAUCCUGACGGGCGGCUACGCCGUCGUCGCCUUUGUCGGGCCACUGAACCUGGCGAACCUCUCGCGCGGCCGCUGGGGCUCGCGGCGGAACCGCGACGAGAACCUGCAGGCGACGCUGGCUUUGCUGCUGGUCGUCGGGCUGUGCUAUUUACUGUACCACCUCGCGACGUCGACCUACCGCCUGAUGCGCACCGGCGUGCCGGUCGCGCUCGACAGUGUGCGGGCCGCGAACAAGAGGGAGCGGGAGCGCCUCGCGGCGAAGUACCCCGUCGUCGACCGGCGAACGGGGGCCGCGCCUCCGCGGCGCGCGCCACAACCACCACGCGCCGCGCGGCGGUGGUGGUUAUUUGGGCUGCUCGGCUCCGCGGCGGCGCAAUCGACGGUCCCAAGGCGACCGUCUACGGGAAUUCCGCCACGCUUCGCCCGGAAUCUCACACUGUAUCAUGUGAACGAGUUAUCGGAGGGCGUGGUCCCGCGCGACAUGGACGUUGCUGAUUUGGGCGGCGAGAUUUUUUUCGAGAUGCGAGCCCUCAUCCUCCCAAUCGAGUGCGCCGCGGGGCCCGGCGGGCUGAGUGGCGGCGGCUGGCCCGGCGACUGCGACAACCUCGAAUUGUAUGGGACCAAUCUAGUCGUGAGCAAGCUCGUCGUCGAGGUCGAUUCGCGAUGGGGCCAGUACGGCCUGUGCAACGAAUGCGGGCCGGACGGCGUCGACGCCUUCUCGAAGCUGCCGUGCACGCCCGGCAGCUACUUCUGCAGCUGCGUGAAGGCGCCCCUACGGAUCCAAGAGUGUGAUACCCCGGACACAUUGAAAGUCGGCCGGAACAACCUCACCCAGAGCUUCGGCCGCUGGGCGGCGGGAACAUGUACGUGGGACCAAUACAUCGCGCGGCCGUGGACCUGUUGGGCCAUGUCGGUGGUCGCAAAGACCGGCGGUGCCUGGUACAGCACGUUCGCAGCGAGCGAAGGCUCCGCCUGGCGCGUCGUCGAGGUCGAGAAGGUCGUGACCAAGGCCUGCUCCGACGCGUCCCUCUACGCUGCCAUCGAGGCGCGGGACUCCGUGAAAUGUUUUGACGCGUGCGGUACUGCGUCGUCGUCACGGAAUACGGCGUCGUCGCCACGGAAUACGAGCAGCCCUUGUUGGAUAGGGUGUUUUUACCGCACAAUACUGGGCGCGGAGGGCAUGCUGCCCACCGGUGCCGGACGCCCGGGCGGCCUGACAUACGACGCUUUGGCACAGGCGUGGGAGGCGCCGUUCGCCUCAAGCGAUCCGUCCCGCGGCGGCUGCCCGGCGGUAGCGGUGCCGGACAUGACCGGGACGCGGCCGGGCGUCGUGUCUGUGUCUCGCCGACGGCGGCGUCGUUUGGCGUCACGAGGGGGGUAGUUGUGUGGCCCCGUUGUAAGUGGAUAUAUGUUUA